CGUCUUCAACUGCCUGUGACGAACGAACAAGCAACCAUAUCGGAGCAUUGCGUGCAUCGAUCGGCGGUGCUUGUUGCAUUCCAUUUCACGUUUGGCACUUUGUGGAAAAACCAAGUUGUUGGCUGCAGUCAGUGAUUACCCAACAUCACUCCCCAGAGCUGUCUCAAACUCUCUAGCCGGGUGUACAAGGUUCCGGCGGUCAAUUCACAGCGGUCAAUUCACAUAUCGCUUGGGGAGAAAAAGUUAUUGUAUCCCCCGUUCUGGUUGGAGCUCUGUCGACGCAUAGGUCAGUCCUGCUAGGUUUUACCCCGCCGGACAAGCCUGGUGCAUUCCCUCACACACCAUGGCGGCUCCCAUGAAGACCAACGAGGCUCAAGUACACGAGCUAGUGCUAGAUCUCACAAACCCGGAGAAGCGCGAAACCGCACUUCUAGAGCUCAGUAAGAAGCGCGAAGCGUUUAGCGACCUUGCUCCGAUGCUCUGGUAUGGGUUGGGGACGGUCGCGGCUUUGCUUCAGGAAAUCAUCUCAAUUUACCCCUUACUAACUCCUCCGGCCCUGUCGGCACAUGCAAGCAAUCGCGUCUGCAACGCACUGGCCCUCCUCCAAUGCGUUGCCUCUCACCAAACCACGCGCACUCAUUUCCUCACUGCACACAUUCCACUCUUCUUGUAUCCGUUCCUGAAUACAGUCUCAAAGACAAGGCCGUUCGAGUACUUGCGAUUAACCUCGCUCGGAGUCAUUGGAGCCCUGGUCAAGAUGGAUGCUCCGGAUGUUAUCAACUUUCUUCUGCAAACAGAGAUCAUUCCCCUCUGUUUGCGCAUCAUGGAAACUGGUUCAGAGCUGAGCAAAACUGUCGCUACUUUUAUUGUCCAGAAGAUAUUGUUGGACGACACUGGCCUGACCUACAUUUGUGCGACACCGGAGAGGUUUUACGCGGUCUCUACCGUCUUACGCAAUAUGGUUGCCGCGCUCGUGAACGCUCCAAGCGCUCGCCUGCUGAAACAUGUAAUUCGAUGCUACUUGCGAUUGUCUGACAAUCCUAGGGCGAGAGAUGCACUUCGACAUUGCCUACCUGAAGCUCUUGAUGAUGAUACGUUUGGAAAUCUUUUGGAGACCGACCCGUCAACGAAGAAGUGGCUCAUGCACCUGCUCUAUCAAUUGGAUUCAAACACUCCCCAAGUGGGUCCGGGGCAACCAAUGUAA